AUGAGCGAGGCGACCUUCGUAGCAGACCAGCGGCGACCUGUAGAAGACUUCAUCGCUUUGACAGGUCUUAAGCCGAAAUAUGCGAAUGGAUGUUUUGAACGCUUUGGUGGCUAUGCGCCGGCGUUGGCUUCGUUUGCUCAAUCCUAUGCGAAGUUACCAAACGAAUACUUUGAUCGACGCUACGUUGUGAAGACAAAUAUGCCUCGCAUCAACGAAGAGUUGAGGCUUAUUUACAGGCGGGCAAGGUGGAUUAAGAAGCAGUUGGGGAAGGAUACGGAGGUGGCCUGGGCCGCCUACUACGCAGACCCCGCCUCAUCAAUGACACCCCGGUCCACUAUCUUGUCUCCCAAGCGCUUGAGAAAAGUAAGCUACUGUGAGCCUUUGCACUUCACCGGACCCUUUCUUGACAUGCCUAUGUUUUGGGAAGCUGAGAUGAAGGGGCAGAGUGUUUUAUUCGGCCUCGAUAAGAGGGUUAUUGAGUGCAAUAAAGUUAGUUUGCGCAAAACGUUGGAACAUUGGGUAACUGCGGCGGUGGCGCGUCGAGACCCUGUUCGGUACGUUGAGGUGCGGAAUUUGGACGAGAAGACGGUUCGUCUAAUUACCAGAGACGCGAAUAACACGUUUUUGCAUCCCGAUCACCGCAAAAAAUUUGUUGCCUUCCUUGCAGCCAUGUAUAAUGAGUUUGAGGUAUAUGGACCGACCAUGAGUUUCCUCGCUGGGGUCUGUAUGUUAGUUCUCAGUGAAGAGGAGACUGCCACAGUG